ACACAGACAGCUGCGAGCGCUGGAUGAGCUGCAAGAGCGAAUUCCUGAAGAAGUACCUGCACAAAGUAGUCAACGACCUCCCGGCCUGCCCUUGCGCCUACCCCACGGAAGUGGCCUACAGCACCGCCGACAUCUACGACCGGAUCAAGCGGAAGAACUUCCGCUGGAAGGACGCCAGUGGGCCGAAGGAGAAGCUGGAGAUCUACAAGCCCACCGCCCGCUACUGCAUCCGCUCCAUGCUGUCCCUGGAGAGCACCACCCUGGCGGCGCAGCACUGCUGCUACGACGACAGUAUGCAGCUCAUCACGCGGGGGAAGGGGGCCGGGACGCCCAACCUGAUCAGCAUCGAGUUCUCGGCGGAGCUCCACUACAAAGUGGAUGUCUUGCCCUGGAUCAUCUGCAAAGGGGACUGGAGCCGGUACAACGAAGCCCGCCCGCCCAACAACGGGCAGAAAUGUACAGAGAACCCUUCAGAGGGGGACUUUUACAAACAGUUCCAGGAGGCGAGGGAAUACUGAGAAGACCUGCCGGCCGCUUUCAAACACAACAGCGCAUUCGGGCAGGGGCGGGGCAGCAGAGGGGCGUGGCGCAAAAAUUGAAUAAGCUCUCGGGCAAUGGAAUCCGCCAGUUUUUCAAGUCAUUGUAUAUAUU